AGGGUCUGAGGGGUGUGAGUCCGCCAUUGUUGUGGUUGGGAGGGAGUACUGUGCGACAAGCGGGUGUAGUGAGACGGAUGGAUGAUGUAUUAGACGGAUGAGGUAGGCACGAAAGUUGGAGAAGUGAAUUUGUUCGUUACUCUCUUCCAAGCAACACAGCCAUGGCCGACACGAGUACACCCUCAAAACCCUCCUCCGGCUCAGCAACCCCGGACACACGCUUCACCUCGCAAGUGCACACGACCGAAGACCUGCUGAAAGAGCAGACAUACGGCCUCGUCCAUUUAUCCGACUUCCGCAAGCGACGCGCCGAAGCACUCGAGGCGAGUCUUGAGGGCUCACCAGCACCCUCAAGUGGCGCAGCGACGCCCGAUGGACGCGAGCCGGCGACCAAAGCGGGGAUUAAGAAGAGGAAGAAGGGUGUGAAGAGGGGAGGACUGUCAUUUGGCAAUGACGAAGAACACGACGACACCGGUAUGGAUGGCAACAACGGCGAGCGCAAGUCAGCCACACCAGCUCAGACCGACUCAGACGACACCACCACCACCACCACCACCACCACCACCGCCACAGUGAAGAAAGGUCUCAAACCCAACUCCUCCCUCGCCCACCAGCCCAAAGCCCUCACCAAAUCCACCGUCCUCCGCGAAAACGCACUGAAAGACCAGCUCCGCCGGCAAUACACCGCCCUGCAAGAAGCCGUCAAGCAAACCGACUUCAUCCUCCCCUUCACCUUCUUCAACGGCAAGAGCGCCCCGGGUGGGAUCUGUCGGAUGAAGAAAGGCGAUCAGAUUUGGCUGUUUUUGGAAAGAGCGAGGAAAGUGGGUGCGGAGACGCGGAAGGACUGGGCGAGGAUUGGGGUGGAUGAUUUGAUGGUUGUGCGGAAUGAUUUGAUUGUGCCGCACCAUUACGACUUCCACUACUUCAUCCUCAACCGCUCGGUCGGGUACAAACAGAAGCCCAUCUUCGCUUACUCCGCUGAGCCUACGGCUGCGACACCUGCGCAUCUUCUCCCGACUACAUCCACACCCAAUAUAGAACCAACCAACACCGACCCAACCUCAUCAAACCUCCUCUCCACAGCCUCUUCCCGCAAAGCCGCCGCCGCCGCCGCUCCACGCGUCAUCCCGGACUCGGAACUCGAAGGCUUCACCGACGAUCCGGCCACCACCAAAGUCGUCGAUCGUCGCUGGUACGAGCGCAACAAGCACAUCUACCCCGCCAGCAUGUGGGAGGAGUUUGAUCCCGGGAGGGAUUACUCCAAAGCGGGGAGGAAAGAUGCGGAGGGGAAUGCGAUGUUCUUUGGCCGGAGUUGACGUCCGUCAUCUCUUCUCUCUCUUCCUUUUCGCAUCCUCCCAGCGAAGCAAAGGCGAGUAGCGGGUAUCCACAUAUCCUCGAAUCAAGUGUUCGACUUCCAGCACACCCCCUACAUUUU